AAUCACACCAAAUUGCCCUAAUUCAAUCGAACGGUCGGAAUCUAUCUAUUAUCGACUCUCCCAAUGGGGAACUCCCGGCGCCCGGCGGCGCCGGCGUCCGACCUUGAGGUGGGCUUCGCGAAGCUCCAGGGCGAGGACUUCGAGUACUACAUGCAGACCUAUUCCAUCGUCCUUGGCCGCCAGAGCCGCAAGAAGCUCCAGCACGGCGAAGACCCCGCCGCCGCCGCCCCGGACGACGUCGACGUGGACCUCGGCAUCCUCGGCGGCGGCAUGAACGUCUCUCGUCGCCACGCGCGCAUAUUCUACGACUUCGCGCGCCGCCGCUUCGCGCUGGAGGUGCUAGGCAAGAACGGCUGCCUCGUCGAGGGCGUCCUCCACGUGCCUGGCUCGGCACCCGUCAAGCUCGACUCCCAGGACCUCCUCCAGAUGGGCGACGCGCAGUUCUAUUUCCUCCUCCCCUCCCGCUCCGUCUUCCACACGGAUGCCGCGCCCCGCGCCUCCGUCCCGCGAGCUCUACCGCCUCCUCCCUCUGACGAAGAGGAAGAACUAGAAGAGGCGGUUCCGGCAGCGAAACGUCCGUGUAGCCGAGACGCCGGGGGACCAGCUGCUAGAAGACGAGAUGCAGGAUCAAAGGGAUACAGGGAAGCAGAUAACCAACAACUGUUGCAGUUGGAAGAGAAAGAUGUUAUCUCUUCAGCUGCUACUAUUUUAUCUGAUCUCUGCGGGCCUCAGGAAUGGGUGCCUAUGAACAAGCUUCAUGCAGUGAUGUUUGACAAGUAUGGCAACUUAUGGCACCACAAUAAGGUUCGGAAAUAUUUGACGUCAGAGGACUGGCCCGAGGGUGAAACUGAAGGUAGACCCUGGCAUGGACUUUCAGUGCUACUAAGGAAGUACCCUGAGCACUUUGUGAUCAACAUAAGGAAAGCAGAGAGACAGUGCACCGAGUUUGUCUCUUUGCUUUCGCUGCAACCAUGAAAAGUUUCUAAACGAUUUCUCCUCAUGUGUACAGCUUGGAGCUUUUUUUGUUUUGUUUUCCUUCUACUGUAAACAAUGACAUCUGGUUCACCGCAGAAAUGGAUUUGCCUGUUAUGGUCUA